AUGGUGCUCGGGCCGAAAACUUUGUCGGCCUCCUUGGCCCGCACAUCAGCACAACUGCCCCUGCAGUUGAGCUUUCCGAUGCCGGGGAGUGGCUUGCCUCGAGUGCUGGAAGUACUUCUGGUGGACUUCGAAGAUGCUGCGGCGGCGGGAGUCGAGGUUUUGGAGGAGGGCCUGGCCGAGUGUGUCCCGUUCCUCGAGGUGGCUCCUUCUCUUUUCCCUUUGGCCACCGCCCUGGUCACAUUCGCCACCGCUUGGAUUUCCGGACUGGAAGGAGAGCGAGGGGCAGGGUACGUUACGGCGGAGGAGUUGAUCCCAGAUGUGGCUCCAAAGGCUCUCAGCAGGAAAGCCAAGCCAGAAGCAAAGAAAAAACCAACUGUAGCAGUGCUUGCGGCCCAGCAGCUCGAGAUUGCAGAGGCUCUGCAGGCCCUGACAACCCAGGUUCAGCAUCUCGCUCUGUCAGGUUCCAGAGAGGAGAGGACUCCUCAACAGGUCAAGGCACCGUCUCAUUCCCGCCUUGCGCCUCUGCAAGAGCGGCCCUCGCAGCGCCGGACUGUGGCAGACCUGUUGGGACCUCCUCCCAGGAACCGAGGGCAAAUAGAAACCGUGGUCGAUCUGGAGGAAGGUCAGGCUGUGCCCUUUUCUACUGGCGAAGAGUUCGCAGAAGGAGGUGGUGGCGGGGCUUUUGCAGCGGCCAUGAUGGCCCAAAGCCGUGCUCUGACUGCUCUUGUGGCCCAAAUUGCAAAUGCAUCGGAUCCUCUUUCAGAGCUCUCGCCCGGAGCGAGCUCGAGCCUCUCCACGAAGGGCUCAAACUCGCGCCUUCGUCUGCAGCAAGAGCUUGGGGCCAGGGGGGGGACGUUCUACAAGCGAGUACAAGAAGCAGCUCUGCGUCGUAUGGAGCCCACUGCAGACCUCUCAAUGAUAGGAGAAGUGGAGGGAGUGAAGGACACCCUUGCUCUCCUCAUGCUAAUGGUCGACCAGCUGGUCUUAGAUGCUGGGUCUCCAGAGCUCGGCUGGAUUCUUACGCCGUACUCUCAUCUGUCAGACCCAAAGUGGAUUGCAACAGCGUUGGCCUUUGUAAAGGAGAUGGAGACACUCGCAAAUCGCAGAGCGGAGAUUUCGAGAAAAGCGACACCUGCCUCGCCUGCGUCCACUCACGAAGGGCCUCCCGCGCCCUUGUCAAAGAAGCAACACCGAGCAAAGCUUUGGGCCGAGCGGAAAGCAGCUUCCCAGCCGAAGGGUUAG